CCAAAUCCCCCUCUCCUUGUUGGACUGGAAGCCACUGGGACAGCUGAUAAACAGGGUCUGGGUGUGAUUUAUUUUCAGGCAGAUCAUUAAUUCCUGAAAUCUUUGUUUCACCUCAAGUCCCGUUGUAGCUCAGGGGCCCAGAAUGUUGAAUCAGCCUUGUCUGAGCAUGCAAUUCCUUCCCAAAAUGCAGGUGGGAAGGUGUCACCGUGGAUAUAUUCUGUGGGAUGUCUCCUCAGGGUGGGCACUGCCAUGAGCACCCUGCAGCAGGGCUGGCUGCCAGCUCCUGCUCAAACAUCACAUUUUAGAGCUCACCACUAAGUUCUCCAGCACAUUUACUGUCCUGCAAACUAAGUUUGCCCUCUUCAUCAUUUUUUUUUCCCUAAAGAUAUCAGGGUUUCACAGGAUCCAGCCUUGAGCACAGAAUAGGCUGAGGGUAAAUAAAUCCCUGCACACCACGAGCUGGGUGAGGGCAGGGGAGACACAGAGGGAACAUCCCCAGGCACACGUGCAGAUGUAGAACCUGGGGAUGUGCUGCAGCUGAAAUGUGUAAAUGCCUGUAAAACCAGCUCUUUGCUCGUUCCUGGCUCUGUCCUUUGCCAAGUCCAGCAGGCUCCCAGCUGCUGAAGAUGUCACACCCCUGCAGCCACUUUGAAAACCCAAGAAGUUGAUUUACUGUCCUGUCUCCCUUCACCAAGCUCCUCCAAGAUCACCCCAGUGCCAAUUACAACCACAGAGAUGUUGUUGCCACGCUCCUGCUGUGCUUGGAAAAUAUCCCAACUGUUCUGCUGCCAUAAGCUAAUGUUUACUCUGAUGAAGGGGUUUUGAUGACAAACAUGUGUGUUCUCUUUGAUUCCUGUAUGUUUCAAGAUCAUUUCUUCAAGUUCAGGAACAGAGUUUAAAGACCAUGACAGAGAAUUCUGCUUCCCUGCAUUGAGUGUCAGAGCAGCUGUCAUUCUGCCAAGAGCUCCCAGAGGCCAAUACUCCUUUGAAGGACUGGAAUUCCAUGAUGGAAAUUUGCCCUCUUUGCAGUUUCCCCAACUCUGGGGCAGAAUUUUCCCUCUUGGCUUAAGAUGAAGGUGAGGGACCAGGAGCUGUGGCACAGGAGCAUGACCCCCGUCAAGACACCUGGGAACUGUGCCUGCACUGGGAGAAAUGCACCAAAGGAGAGAAGGCCAGGAUCUGGGACUGAAUCCUCCACGUGAGAGCAGCAGGGCUCUGCUCUUCUGUCGGGGUUGCUGUUAUUUGGCUCUGCCCCCUCUGACACAGGAAAAGUGGUUCUGGGUGGCCGCGGUUUCGAAGGAUGAGUUUGGACUCUCAGGUUUUCGGUCUUCAAUCUUGUUUGUUAAUUCUUAUCUACAAUGUUUUUCUCUCUGCCCAGCCGAGGUCUGUUCAGCAGGAGAGCCGAGUGCACUCUCCCCUGCCCAUGGGAUGGUUGUGUCCUUUAUAGUGAAAAUUACGUAUAUCACAUUUACCUUUAAUUCCCAAUACUUUUCACCCUUAUAGACAAGUGUACCUUCACCAUGAACCAAUCCAAAAGUGCCAACAUCACCACAGAAAAUGGAAGACAUGAAGAAGAAAGAAGAACCCAGGACUACGUCCUGAAUCCUCCAUCUUUUCUUCAUGACCCCCCCGUACCUACUUUUCUAAAAUCUAUAUUUCAUCCCAUAAAUACACUGCUCACACCCUAGAACUUCUCAUUUCCUCGCACACAGAUAUUUCAUCUCUAGAUGGAUCAAAGUCAAGCCACCAGACACUUUUGGCAACACUCCAAGGUCUCCGAGCCCCCCAAGGGUUCUCUCGGUGACUCUGGACUUUCAGAGUGAUGUGUUGAGUUCCCCACUCUCCCUGCUGCAUUGGAGCACGCUGCUGCCACGUGCAGCAGGCAAUGCUGCAGCCAGCCAGGGAGCCUGUGCAGGGCACGUGGCACCGAGGUGUUGCUCAAGAGAUGCCUUUUUUUUUCUCCUGAACCGCCUGAUAAAAAUAAACAGACCAACAACCAGCAGGUUUUGUUCUAGUUUAUCCGGCUGCUGUGAACUUUGCAUUUCUGUGAUAAACUCGGGAGUUGUAGUGGAUGAUUAACCAGGCGCUGGGCUCUUAAAGGAUCCCGUAACAGAGGGGGUUAACAGCCAGCCAGCAGCACGAGGUGCUCCUCCUGCAUGGAGAGGGAGAGGACCUGCUCUGGAGGAGACAGCUCUGGCAGGAUGAGCUCUGGGGACUGCAGCAGUGCCUGAGGCAGGAAAGUCCCUGCAAGGGUGUCCCCAUGCCCCUGUGACCGGAGGAAGCUGCGCUCAGCACCUGUGACCCCGGGGCAGCAUGAAGCUGCAAGGAGGGCAGCGGGGCAGCUCCGAGGGCACUGCAGGUGCCAGGGGGAAAAUGACACUUCCCCUGGCCCUGGUGGCUCUGAUUUCUGCCUUUGGCUCUUCCUUCCAGUACGGCUACAACGUGUCUGUGAUCAACUCUCCUGCCUCGUACAUGCAAGACUUUUACAACAGGACCUACCUGGACAGGACUGGAGUGCCCAUGGACAGAGGCUUCCAGACGCUGCUCUGGUCUCUCACCGUGUCCAUGUUCCCUCUGGGUGGCCUCUUUGGGUCACUCAUGGUGUGGCCCAUGGUCAACAACUGUGGCCGGAAGGGCACUUUGCUGAUAAAUAACCUCUUUUCCAUCGCUGCUGCAGUCCUUAUGGGAACCUCAGAGCUGGCAAAAACCUUUGAAGUAAUCAUCAUUUCCCGUGUUGUCAUGGGAAUAUUUGCUGGUCUGGCUUCCAACGUGGUUCCUAUGUUCCUUGGAGAAAUGUCCCCCAAAAACCUGAGAGGAGCUGUUGGGGUGGUGCCACAGCUCUUCAUCACCAUUGGCAUCCUUGCAGCUCAGGUCCUUGGUCUCAACAGCAUCCUUGGGAAUGCUGAAGGCUGGCCUGUGCUGCUGGGGCUCACUGGCAUCCCGUCCCUGAUCCAGCUCCUGACACUGCCCUUUUUCCCCGAGAGUCCCAGGUACCUGCUCAUCCAAAAGGGCAACGAAGAGCAGGCACGGAGAGCUCUGCAGAGGCUGAGGGGCUGGGAGGACGUGGAUGAUGAGAUACAAGAGAUGUACCAGGAGAACCAGUCAGAGAAGGAGGAAGGGCAGUUCUCUGUGCUCAGCCUGUUCACCUUCAGGGGCCUGAGGUGGCAGCUCAUCUCCAUCAUCGUCAUGAUGGCAGGCCAGCAGCUCUCGGGGGUCAAUGGGGUCUUCUACUAUGCAGACAGAAUCUUCGAGUCAGCAGGGGUGCACAGCAGCAGCAUCCAGUAUGUCACCGUGUCAAUAGGUGCCAUCAACGUGGUCAUGACUCUGCUGGCUGUUUUCAUUGUGGAAUCCCUGGGGAGGAGGAUCCUUCUCCUGGCUGGCUUCGUGCUGUGCUCUGCCUCCUGUGCAAUCUUAACUCUGGCCCUCAAUCUCCAGACCACUGUCUCCUGGAUGUCCUACCUCAGCAUAGUCUGUGUCAUUGCCUACAUCAUUGGACAUGCCAUUGGACCCAGUCCCAUUCCUGCUGUGAUGAUCACGGAGAUGUUCCUGCAGUCGUCCCGACCCGCGGCGUUCAUGGUGGGGGGCUCCGUGCACUGGCUCAGCAACUUCACCGUGGGGCUGGUGUUCCUCUACAUGGAGGCUGGGCUGGGGCCCUACAGCUUCCUCAUCUUCUGUGCCAUCUGCGUCGCCACCGUGCUCUACAUCUUCUUUAUUGUUCCUGAGACCAAGAAUAAAACCUUCAUGGAAAUCAACAGGAUCAUGGCCAAGAGGAACAAAGUGGAGGUUCAGGAAAGCAAAGAGCUUAAAGAUUCCUACCCCCUGAGCAGGCCAGAAGAGAAGAAGUGGCUCUCCAGCAGUGAGAUGUGACCCAGCUGUGUUUGGCCUGACAGGAUCUGUUCAGCAGGAAAACAAAUGCAGGGAUUCCUCCUUUGAUGCUGACCUGACAAUCACGGAACUGCUAAGGCUGGAAAAGACAUUUAGCAUCAAAUCCAACUGCAAACCCAGCGCUGCCAAGUCCUCCUCUUGUUCCAAGGAAAAGGAAAUGUCCUCAGCCAGCUCAGUCCUGUGACCAAGUAGCCGGUGGCACGAGCUGAUGUGUGUCCCUGGUGUCCUGGUGACACAUCCAGGGGACACAAGCCAGCCCUUGGGCUGGGUGUGGGGCAGUGGUGUGCAAGGAGUGCACUAAACUCCUCUGAGGAACUGUCACUCGUGUGUUUGAGGGUCCAGCAAGGGGAAAUUAAAUUCAAUUUGGUAUAUCA